CUCAACAAAACAAAGCUAUAAACAGUUGUAGCGGUUGUAGCUUAUUGAAAAUGGAUAGCUUUCGCGCGAAACUUCUCAAGAAUCUCGAAUUGGAUAACGUUGAAGUAGUACGCCAGCAAUAUCCUUUUCAAACCGACGACGAAAUAGAAGACAUUCUAUUUCAGCGGUACCGAAAUCAGAUAUUUUCCAAUGACAAACUUAAACAGAGCAUAAACAAGUGUAAAACAUCAGAUUCCUAUCGAUUCAUUCCUCAGUUUCACUUUGAGCUACCAAAGCACAGUGAUGGCCUUGCUCAAAAGUUACGCGAGGAAGCAAGAACCUUAUUUUUACAGAAGCGCAGCAAAGAACUGUUGGACAACAACGAGUUGAAACUUCUGUGGAGUCUGUUGGAGAAAAACUAUUCACCGCCAUUGAUGGGCGAGGAGCAGUUCAUAAACUACGAAAACUAUUGUCAAGUAGCCGCUAUUGCAGGGGAUAAGUUCAAACGCUAUCUGACAGCGUCCACUUUUGCGCGGUUGGUGGUUUCUAGCAGCUAUCCUGGUAAAAUAAGUGUGAUGUCCUUGUUUAACUAUGCGAUGAGAAAAGUAUGGCUACAGCAAACCCGGAUUGGUUUGUCUCUGUACGAUUAUACCGGACAAGGCUAUUUAAAUGAAUCUGACCUGGAAUCCUAUAUCUUGGAGUUGAUUCCAACUUUUCCACAGCUGGAAGGGUUGGAAAAGUCAUUUCACAGCUUUUAUGUGUGUACAACGGUUAGGAAAUUUUUCUUUUUUCUGGAUCCAUUGCGAACGGGCAGGAUUAGGAUAAGGGAUAUAUUAACUUGUAGUUUCCUAGAUGAUUUGCUGGAGCUCCGCGAUGAGGAAAUACCGAAAGAUGCACAGGAAAUGAACUGGUUCUCGGCUCCUUCUGCUCUAAGUGUAUACGGGCACUAUCUGAAUUUGGACAAGGAUCACAACGGAAUGCUCAGCAAAAAAGAAUUAAUUGGCUAUGGUUCCGGAACGCUCACGCCCAUAUUUCUGGAUCGUGUCUUUGCCGAGUGUUUAACCUACGACGGGGAGAUGGAUUACAAAACGUACCUAGACUUUGUUUUAGCUCUUGAGAAUCGUUCAGAGACCCAAAGUUUACACUAUCUGUUUCGUAUACUAGACGUGGAGCAUAAAGGCUACUUGACUGCAUUUACCCUGAAUUAUUUUUUCAAGGGUAUUCAAGAUGAAAUCUCAGCUCACCGUGCAGAACCUGUAAAUUUCGCCGAUAUCAAGGAUGAAAUUUUUGAUAUGGUGAAACCCGCAGAUCCCACCAAAAUUACCCUGAAAGAUUUGAUAAACAGCGGUCAUGGCGAAACGGUUGUUUCCAUACUCAUCGAAUUUCACAAAUUCUGGGCUUAUGAGAACCGGGAAGUUAUGGUGACGGACUCCACAGCAACCGAGGAAACGCACAACUUAUGAUAUUCGGCCUGCCUUAGAAAUAAAGAUGAAGUAAUGACAGCCUUGUGAUUGUCAGGUGCCUUUUACUACACAUCCUACAUCAACUUAAGCAUUAAUUAACAUCAAACUUGAGCUACAUGAUAGAUUAAGAGAAUCAUCUGAAAAAAACCACUCAU